GCACGCUUGGUGCACGCCUGACGACAGCAGUUGGACAGGACAGCAGACAACGCUGUUUCGCAGGUUCACAAUAAAGUUCGGUUAAAUAAAACGCUAGUUCAAAACACAGGCCGUACGUUGCGUUGCAAAAAAAUGGAAUUGUCAACUGUCAAAUAGAAUAAAAAUCAGUCGUGUCUGGCCCAACUAAAAGAAUAGCGCAAAAUUCUAGUAGAUUUUUAUAAAAAGCACAAUACGAUGUAAUUGAAAUGUUCCGGUGAUAUCAAAGAUGAAGAGGGUUAAACGGAGGCCGGGUCGCAGUCCCCCUAAGAAGUUUGAGAAAUAUGAGAUCAAUCGAAACAUCAAUAAGAUAGCACUUCUCUCGCCCGAGGUUGAGGAGGUGUUUCCACCUCCUAAGGAAAGAUGCGACGAAGAUGUGGAAGUUGCUGCUAUUGGGCGCGAAAAUCCCUUUGCAAGAAGCAAAUCACAUCGUUGCACUUUCUACAGACCCAGCAAUGAAGACUUCGGGCAGCUGACGGACAUGGCUUUGCCUCCGAAUGAUUAUUACAAGAACCUUCUUCAAGAAAUCUGCAACGAGUCCACGCCAGACACGAUAAAAGCGGAGAUGAAGAAUGCCUGCGAAGGAUCCAUGGUCCAGACCUGUUCGGCAUUCGUGGAGCCGGCCAGCGUUCUCAAACUAGACGAACACGUGAUGGCGGACCUGAUGGACGACGUGCAGUGGCAAACCAUCGACAGCGUCAGCGACGCGGACUUGUUUCUUUCGAGAGUGCCGAGCCCAGAGCAGAUCGAGGAGGUGCCGAAAGAUAAAAAGCGUACCCCAUCGGUUCGUAGUAAUAUUCGUAUAUCGGAAACACCUCACGUAAAGCGGAUCGCGGAGAAGUUCGCGAAGUUCAAAAAGAAUAACGUUGAGGUCCGCAAACUUGAAGAGAGAGUGGUUUGCCUGGAGUACGAUAUUUUCGACUUGAACGCGGCCGACCCUGCGGUGCCGACGCAGAAAAUGAGGGCAUUUUUCUCCAUAAAAAUGAAAGAUUUUGGAAGCGAUAACAACAAAGAAAAUAUACCUUCGAUCCCAUCUGGUGUAAAACGCAACUUCAACUUAGACGACGGAGACCUUCAGAAACUGAACAAGAAAGAAAUAGAAAUCAUAGACAAUGAGAUACCUGAAAACAGGUCCUUACUCGAGGACCUCAAGCGAGUGCUGAGACGGAAGCAGGCACUCGAAAACAAAAAGAGACGACCAACAUUGGACCUCAUGUGUUUGUACGAGAUGGCUAAACGAGAGAGCCCACCUGUCAACUACGACUAUUCGAACACCAAUCUCUUAUCGAAAGCAGAACUACAAGAAAUUAAAGAUUUGAUUCUGAAAAAAUGCGAGUCGAGUGUUUACGGGAUUAAUAGAAGAACGGUGAAAUGUAGAGAUGAAGUGAAUGAUGCGAAGUGUGUGCUGUCGAACAGUUUGAUAAACGAGUUGAUGCGGGAGGCUGAAGUUUGAAAACAAAUGAAAGUUCAGUUUUACCACCUACAACUAACGCCACACUUAGACUAUAAUAGGAAUUAUCAUAUACAUAUAUGGGAUCCUAUUGGAAAGCAUCAUAUACGCGUAAUUUGUUAAAUUUUUUAUUAUUUCAUCAUCAUAGGUUAAUUGAGUAACAACAAUUUUAACAAAUUAGGCGUAUAUGAUGAUAAGUAAAUAGGAUCCCAUAUAUAUGAUAUUUUAUAUGCAUUGACAUAUAUAUCUAAGGACGGGCCUUACGGGCACUAAGAAUGGUGCUAGUUCAGUGGUGUCACUCACGAAUUCGAGCCAAUCGUGCAGUCUAACGGAACUAGUAGCGACCAAUCGCGCGCGUGAUGCGAACUCAUCAACCAAUCGCGUUGCGGCGUUAGACUGCACGAUUGGCUCGAAUUCGUGUGGGUGACACCGCUUGUACUGGCCCCAUUCUUAUUGUCCGUAAGGCCCGUCCUUAGAUAUAUAUGUCAAUAUUUAUAUGAUAGUCUAAUUGCGGCCUUAUACAUUAAUGUCUCAGUUAAUUAUACCAUAGACAUAGACAAAGAAUGGCUAAAGUAGAUGACGCUCUUUGGCGUCAUACCUUUGCUGUAAGUAGGUAAAUAACUGGAUGAUUAAGUGUUAGUGCUAGACAACCAAAUUAGAAUUACCAGAAAACGUAAUAUGACGCCAUACAGCGCCACCUACUUCUGUAAGUAAUAAAAUGAUUUGUCAGCAGCAGUCUACACACGUUCUUAUUCUUAAGAAUAAAAUUGUGCCUAGAGAUCAUUUUGACCACUUUAGCUCAAUGCAACUACUGAAACUAAGAUUCCAUAAAAAAAUAUUGUUCGUUACCAAUUAUAACCUGUUGUACAUAUUUGUCAGAAGUUUAGUUACAUCGUAUUAAUAAAUUAAAAAUACAUAAGCUAAAAACCA